AUGUGGCCAGCGAUUGCCGAGAUGUCAAAUUCGAGCACCUCUUCCUCUCCACGCAUUUCUCACCAGAAACCUCCAACUAAACACCACCGCGAGAGCAAAGGGCGUCCUUCUUGGACAAGACGUGUUAAGAGUUCGUUGUUCUAUGGAUCCGAGUCGAGAGACAAACCCGGGUUAAACGGUCGCGGAGAGCAUGGACCACCGGACCCUGCUAGCCCUAGUAGGAGCUACCUUCUAAAGCUCAGGGGCCGCAAAAGGAAGGGGAAAAAAGCUGCUAUCGGAGAGGCCGGGCAGAUCAACUCACGGGAGACCACCAGUGACGUGGAAACAGUAAGGAGGCUGAAGGAUGAGACGCUAUUUGAUACGUAUAAUCCUCCAAAUAUCACUGCAAGCUCUUGGGCGGAUCAACACGGACAUAAACGCACUGUUAGUCGCGAUGAUUAUUUAACCGCUCGCGGUGCAAAUCCAAGAACCGGCGUCAUUAGCCCGAGCAUUACCACCUACAGUAGCCAUUCCGACACUUCUGGUUCGCUGGAGGAACUGGUCGACCAAAAAGACCAAAAAACGAACAAAAAAUGGCGUCUAAAGGGUGAUCAGUGGAUAAGUCUCGAUAGAAACGAGGAGACACCACUCCCUUCUCCAGGUGCUGGAAAUCUCGAUGCAGACCGGGUAGUCAAUAUCGAAGAUAGAGCACGGUCUUACGUUCGCAGAUUACACCAAAGCGGUGUUCCGCACUCUCAAGUUGAGGACCGAUUUGUCGUCAAUAUGCCGUCUGCUAGGGAACCCUGCCCGCCGACCAUGACGACUCAGCAGAUCUGGGAGUUUCAGAAGGCAAUCGACAAAAUUUACAAGAACGGAGAAACAUUUCCGGAUCAUAAUCCCCCUUUAGAGCCUGUCCGAAAUAGUUCGGGUACACCGCCCAAAUCGUUGUCAAGUCGAGACUAUAGCAAAGACCGGCUAGGAGGUGUGACUGGACACGCAGCAAGGUGUGCUUACAUCCAAGAACCUAUAGAUACUACCCGCCACCCAGCUCUGCCUUCUGAACAGAGGCAUUUUUUAGGGAGCAUCGGGGCGAAGGGCGCAGAGAGAAGAAAAUCAGGCGACCUCGCUGCCCCAUCGUCACGGAUGAUGACGGCUACAUCGUUGAAAGUGUGGCGAAACCAAGAAGCUUCGCUGGCAAAAAACAAUAUUCAAAUGGGAGGUGUAGAACCUGCUCAGGGCCUGCAUUUCAGAAUGUGCUCGGGCGGUCUUUUGGACUGGAGAGACCGCAAGAGCCUUACAAUCUUAUGUCCCAAAGCCAGUUUCCAGGAGGCUGCAUCCACUAUCACUACCACUAUGACCAACAUUACCCCCCACAUGACCGGACUCCAUGGCGUAAUCACGAGUCCAAACCGAAAAGGAGAUCCAAAUCCCGCCGAAAAGACAGAACUGCGUUCUGCAUCUGCCUACCUCGCCUCUCAAAAGAAACCCGCCGAAGGGCCAGCCGCCGCCGGCUACCAAAAUCAUACAGUAAUUACGCGCAAUCCCGUGGACCAGGCCAAGGGUAUGGCACGCACUGCGCUUGUGCUUGUGCAUCCUUCUGCCUCCGUAUGA